AUGGAAGUUGUAUUCCGUGGUAGAGGGCAAGAAGCGAGAUAUGCUAAGCUAGCUGAGAGACAAAUGGAUUUGACUCGCUAUCCUCACCACCCGACUAUGGAAAGAGAGUCAUCUCCAGAAACACCACAAGCUUAUGAACAUUUAGAUGAUGACAUGUAUGUAGCAGAACAAGACUCUGAACCUGACACUCCUCCUGGAUACUAUGAAUAUGGACAUAUACCCGAAGAUGAUCUUGAACCUGAAUAUGAACCUAUGCCUGAAGAUGAUCAUGUGCCUGAAUAUGAGCCUCUACCUGAAGACGAACCCAUUCCUGAAUAUGAGCCUCUACCUGAAGAUGAACCCAUUCCUGAGUAUGAGCCUGAGACUCCUACUGGUUCACAAGAAAUUCAAUCUGAAGACAUGACUGACAUCGAGCCUGAACAACAACAACCUGCUGCAUCCGCUGAAUCAGUGGCCCCAAGAAAUGCUCCUCUGAGGAUCGAUCAUGCUCCUAAUCAGAACACGCAUGGGCAAGCCAUCGAUGCACUGCAACACGAAGUCCAACAUAUGCGCAACGAGUUACACACUCUGCAAAUGCACUUCUUCAAUUUCAUCGACACCCGUUGGAGGCUUGUUAAUGAAAAUCCUCAAGAAAACCAACCUGAACAUCAUAAUGAGCCAGUGGAUGCAAUGGAACAAGAGUUCAACCAAGCACAAGCUGAUUUCAACCAACCUCCUCAAAACAAUCCUCCGCCUAUUACUCUCGAUGCCAUGACCGAAGACCACUACACAGAAAUUGCUACACAAUUGAACGAUCUCAACGUUGGUGCACAUGGCUCUCCUACUGAUAGACGUCGACGUGUUCGUACAAGAGGCACAAGCAGUUCCCGAAACCGCAACAAUGAGGAGUAG